GUUGACAGCCCCGUGCGUACACAAAAAAACAGAGUUGACGUGGCCGGCGCAGUGACUACAUAAAAUAUUCGCAUAUUUCAUCACGGCAGCGAUUUAAUUAUUGCUAUUUAAAGCGGCAGACGAAAAAAGCGAAAAUCGAACUACGAAAAAGGGAAUUAAUUAAACAUUAAAAAUGAGUUUGGUGUGGACUUUGAUCGCCGGAUUUCUUUAUGCGGAAAUCGCACUGGUCCUCCUGCUGGUUCUGCCGGUGCUCACUCCUUACCGCUGGAACCGGUUCUUCAAGUCCAAAUUCCUAUCGAUGUUGGGACAGCAGGCGCACAUAUACUUCCUGCUGAUCAUGGGAAUCCUGGUCAUUUUCCUCCUGGAGGCCAUUCGCGAGAUGCGCAAGUACUCCGGAUUGCAGCAGUCGAACGAGGUCCACUUGAACGUGGAGAUGCAGCACAGCAUGAAGCUGUUCCGUGCCCAGCGGAACUUCUACAUCUCCGGAUUCGCCAUUUUCCUGGCCCUGGUCAUCCGACGACUGGUAAACUUGAUCUGCACCCAGGCCAAUCUCCUGGCUCAGAGCGAGGCCUCCUUCAAGCAGGCACAGAGCGCCACUGCUGCCGCACGUUCCUUGCUGGAGAACAAGAACACCGAGAAAGCCAAGGAAGCCGGCGAGGAUACCACUCUCAUCGAGCUCAACAAGCUGCGCGAGCGCGUCCAGGAGCUGACCUCCGACUUGAACCGCGAGAAGAAGGACAAGGAGGCGGUUAAGUCGCAGGCGGAGAGCAUCAACCGCGAGUACGACCGACUCACCGAGGAGUACAGCAAGCUGCAGAAGAAGAUAACCAUCGGCGGAGGCGGAAACAAGGAUGAUUAAACUCUGCGGAGCCAAGUCCAACAUUUAAAUAACGAUAAGACUUAUAAGCAUGGCGGUGGGGCAGCGAAAGCAGGCACAUUUAAAAGAUUAUAACGAUUUCAAAUCGAUAGAAAGCACACACAUCUAAUUGUUAAUCCUCAUUCACACAACUAUACCAUUUGAUAAUGAUAAUGGGGUAUAUUGAUAAUGGUCCCUCAACUCAACUGUUCGUUUCGCCCGAAGUUUUGUAUUUAAUUCGUAUGUGUUAAGUUUUGUUUGCCACAGUAACACACCCAAAAAGCGUCGUGGCUAUUAAAAGAACAACCAAAAAGUA